CCGCACACUCUCCCGAGUUCAGCUGCCUCAAGUUGGUCGUGUGAAAGACGCAGUCCACUUCGUCCCAAACGAAGAAGUCUCCGUUCAAACAAAAGAAUCACCAUGGCGUUGAAAGAGACCGCGGGUCUGUAUGAAACGCUGAAAGCGGAGUGGAACAAGAAGAACCCGAACCUUAACAAGUGCGGAGAACUCCUGAGCAAGCUCAAGAUUUCUUUGCUGGAGUUGAACUUUUUGCCUACGACUGGGACCAAGCUAACGAAGCAGCAGCUUAUUUUAGCCCGCGAUGUUCUGGAAAUUGGAGCCUUGUGGAGUAUCCUGAAGAAGGACAUCCCGUCCUUUGAGAGAUACAUGGCCCAGCUUAAAUGUUACUACUUUGAUUACAAGGAAGAGCUGCCUGAAGCUGCCUACAUGCACCAGUUACUUGGACUGAACCUGCUCUUCCUGCUCUCACAGAAUCGUGUGUCCGAGUUCCACACAGAACUUGAGAGGCUGAGUGCACGAGACAUUCAGACCAAUGUAUACAUCAGGCAUCCAGUGUCCUUAGAGCAGUACUUAAUGGAGGGAAGCUACAACAAGGUAUUUCUUGCCAAGGGGAAUAUCCCAGCUGAGAGCUACACCUUCUUCAUAGAUAUUCUGCUUGACACCAUUCGCGAUGAGAUUGCUGGUUGCAUAGAGAAGGCUUAUGAGCAGAUCCAGUUCAACGAAGCCACACGUGUGCUCUUCUUCAGUUCCCCCAAAAAGAUGACAGAGUAUGCCAAAAAGAGGGGUUGGACUCAGAACUCAGAUGGUUACUACUCUUUCACCAGUCAGCAGCAGCGGACAGAGGAGGUGACCAUCCCGUCCACAGAGCUGGCUCAGCAGGUCAUUGAAUACGCACGACAGCUGGAAAUGAUUGUGUGACUCUGCCUCCAAGAACGUUCACAGAUGCAUUCAAACAAACAGCCGAUACAGUAUGCGUCCAGUUGGGCCACUUGCAACUUCCUCAAGAGUUAUUGGGUUCACUUAUUGCCGGACUUGUUUUGUUGCCCAAACAUACCCCGACACACACACACACACACACUUUCUACAAGUCUGACAGUACACUAAACUUCAAGUGAUAUAGACUUAAAAGUACAGUUGAGUCAUCAGUUAAUGUCACCAUCCUUAACAUAUCUUCUCAUGUCCACUGUUUGAAAGAAGGUGGAAAGUUGAAGUGUUGUGCUUUCUAAGUUACCUUCUGCUCCUCACUGAAGAUGUAGGUUUGUUUUUUUUUUACUUUAUUUUUUACAAGGAAUAUUGUCGGCUAAUGGCAGAAAAACCUGUGCCUAACCUUGGCCACUAGUCAACACUCAUCACUCUUUGCUCAAUAAAAAUUACAAGAUCUUGGUUGCUACAUGCAUUUUGUGACUUUUCCCUUUAGUGUCAUAUACUAUCACCAUUUUCCCCUAAUAUAAGUAAAUUUUUUUUGCAUACAAAGUUUAUUUUUCCUCAGUAGGGCUCACCAAGCUGUAUUGCUUUGCCUUGUAUCCUAGCAACAGACAGAAUUGUUGGGGAGUGUUUUCUAAAUGGUAAUGUCUUGUCCUCCCUAGAUGGUUUGUAAUCCAAUUGAUCUGGAAAUGCACAUAUUUGUCUGAAAUAAAUGAUUCAAAACAAAAA